AUUGAAAGCCUCUCGCCCUAGCCCUCUCCCUCCUCGUCGAAGGCCCGAAGCGAAGCUCUCUCGCCCUCCCUCUCUCCCUAGCCCUCUCUUGCCUAGUCACCCUCCCUCUUGCCGCGCCCUCCCUCUUGUUGUGCCCUCCCUCAUUGUCCUCGCUACCAAUCUCCGAAGCCCCACGAUGGCGCGACGACAUGUGGUAAAAUUGGACCCAAAAAUAUUUAGUAUUGGAUCAUCUUGAUCGAAAAAGAACAACUGGAUUGAAAUUGUCAAGGGAUCUGUAACGAGGAAGCCAUUAAACAAGAGGAAGGAUUUCCAGGCCGGCUUCCGAUUCUUGUCCCUUGCGCUUCUGUCUGGAGCGGAGAUUCCGAAUCCGCCGUCGAUCGGCGAGGAGAAGAGGAAGCAGCAUGGGAACAGGGGAAGGCGAGAGUGAUGCUGCCGGCGGAGUGGUGGUGGCGGUGAAGCGUCGCCGAGGGUGCUCCUGCACGAAGGAUGACUUCUUCCCGGAGGAGACGUUCCAGAGCUGGGAGAGCUACAUGCGGUCGCUCAGACAGACGGGGCCGCGCCUCCGGGACCGGCUGUUCUCCCGGUCGCAGGAGCACGCGGAGCUGCACGAGGUGCGCGAGCGCAGCGGCCACGAGAUGAAGAAGAACCUCAACUGGUGGGACCUCAUGUGGUUCGGCAUCGGCGCCGUCAUCGGCUCCGGCAUCUUCGUCCUCACCGGCCAGGAGGCCAACAGCGUCGUCGGCCCCGCCGUCGUCCUCUCUUACGUCGUGUCAGGCAUCUCCGCCAUGCUCUCGGUCUUCUGCUACACAGAGUUCGCCGUCGAGAUCCCCGUUGCCGGUGGGUCGUUUUCGUAUCUGAGGGUGGAGUUGGGGGACUUCGUGGCGUUCGUCGCCGCCGGCAACAUCCUACUGGAGUACGUGAUCGGCGGGGCGGCCGUGGCCCGCUCCUGGACGUCCUACUUCGCCACUCUGCUCAACCACCAGCCCAACGACUUCCUCAUCCACGCCACCGCCCUAGCCUCCGACUACAGCCACCUCGACCCAAUCGCCGUCGUCGUCAUCGCCAUCGUCUGCCUGGUGGCGGCGGUGAGCACCAAGGGCACUUCCCGCUUCAAUUACAUCGCCUCCAUCCUCCAUGUGGUCGUCAUCCUCUUCGUCAUCGUCGCCGGCCUCACCAAGGCCAAAUCCUCCAACCUCGACGACUUCUUCCACUUCGGGGCCCGCGGCAUCUUCCACGCCUCCGCCGUGCUCUUCUUCGCCUACGUCGGCUUCGACGCGGUGUCCACCAUGGCGGAGGAGACCAAGAACCCAGCGCGCGACAUCCCCAUCGGCCUCGUGUGCUCCAUGUCCAUCACCACGCUCGCCUACUGCGCGAUGGCCAUCACGCUCUGUCUGAUGCAGCCGUACGGCAACAUCGAUCCCCACGCCCCCUUUUCGGUGGCCUUCCAGAACGUGGGCAUGAACUGGGCCAAGUACAUCGUCGCCUUCGGGGCGCUCAAGGGCAUGACCACCGUGCUCCUCGUCUCCGCCGUCGGCCAGGCCCGCUACUUGACCCACAUGGCCCGGACACACAUGAUGCCGCCUUGGUUCGCCCACGUCGAUCCCCGCACCGGCACCCCCAUCAACGCCACCGUCGUCAUGCUCGUCGCCACCGCCGUAAUCGCCUUCUUCACCGACCUCGGCAUCCUCGCCAACCUCCUCUCCAUCUCCACGCUCUUCAUCUUCAUGCUCGUGGCCCUUGCCCUCCUCGUGCGCCGCUACUACGUCAGCGGCCAGACGUCGAGCGCAGACCGGGCCAAAUUGGUCGGCUUCCUCCUGCUCAUCCUGGCCUCCUCCGUCGCGACGGCGGUCUACUGGGCGGCGACCGACAAGGGGUGGGUGGCGUACGUGGUGACGGUUCCGGCGUGGCUGCUGGCCACGGCGGGACUGUGGUGGUGGGUGCCGCAGGCGAGGCAGCCGAGGUUGUGGGGGGUGCCGCUGGUACCCUGGCUGCCGUCGGCGUCCAUCGCCAUCAAUAUAUUCUUGUUGGGCUCGAUCGACAGGAAGUCGUUCAUGCGGUUCGGCAUAUGGACGGUAUUGCUGCUGCUAUACUACUUCUUCGUGGGCCUGCACGCUACCUACGACACUGCCAAAGCGACGGAGGCUGCGUCAGCGGGGAAGACGAUGGAGGAGGGCAGCGCAAUGGACAACGAUACACACUCUUAAUCAUCUUCUCGAUCAGGCAAUGUAUAAAUUGUUGGGAUUUGAUUCUCCGAUCCAUACAUGUUAAAGUUAUAACACGAGUAUUGUCAUUAUGGAUAAGUUCAAUAAAGUACGUGAUUUAAUUGAUGUUUAA